GCAGGCAGGAGAGAAAAGAUGAACAAGGUGUAGAAGUUCUUGCGGGAUUAUUAUACCAACGUGAUAGAAGCAAUAAACUUGGUAAAGUAAACUCGCUGUUAACCCAGUGGCAACGCGACUGUGUGAAAAAUGCUGCGAAUUUUUCAUCACCUCCUGGCGCAUCAAGACAUGGGUUCAAGACUUGCAGCCAAACAGGUGGAAUUCUACCAAGCGUGGACGCGGCGACAGAUAAGAAAAUUGCUGCUAUUUCGUCCCCCGCGCGUGGUGGAUCUUCUUCUUCUUCUUCCGCCCCGUCCCCUUACACGCUGCAGACCCCCCGGGACGUGGCGGAUUCGCUGCACUACCUGGGAAAACUGCUGCCGGCAGUGACGAAUUCCUUUUUCAUGAGAAAUAAGAAAAUCGGCAGCGAUGAAGGAAGUUCGGGGACGAAUGAAAAUCACGAAAAGAUCGGGAACUACAACUUGUACUCCCAGCACGUGACGACCACGUCCGAUCGCUUUUCCGUCGAUACAAGCGGGCACGUCCCUGGUGUCGUGCCACUGUUGCAGGCGGACUUCUGGACCUUCUGGCAGCGUUGCUUUUUAGAGAUCGGACUUGCGUCCUCGAGGGGACCUGGACAUGGACGAAGCUGUUCGUCUUCGUCCUUUGUUCCAUCAAGCACGUCGUGCCUUACGACCAGUUGUACUUUCACCGCCCGUGACCUGAUGCUGAUUCUUGUUGCGUG